GCAGUUUUAUUUCCAAAGACGUGGCAGUUCUUGUUCUGUAUGCACCUCAAAAUUGUCCAAUUGCUCGAAAAAAAAACUCAGAAGCUGAUUGACAUUUAUCUCCUAGCAAAAGACUUUAGUGAAUUCCCUGGCAGUUUCCGAUCAUCAGAAGAACAGAGUGAAGAAUGGGGGACUGGACAUUCCUGGGAAGACUGCUGGAUAAAGUCCAAUCCCAUUCAACUGUGGUUGGGAAGAUUUGGCUGACUGUCCUGUUUGUCUUCAGGAUUCUGGUACUGGGAGCUGGAGCAGAAAAGGUCUGGGGUGACGAGCAGUCAGAUUUCUUGUGCAACACACAGCAGCCUGGGUGUGAGAAUGUGUGCUACGAUAAGGCCUUCCCAAUCUCCCACAUUCGCUUCUGGGUUCUGCAGAUCAUCUUUGUGUCCACCCCAACCCUAGUGUACCUGGGACACGUCUUGCAUGUUAUCCACAAGGAAGAGAAGCUGAGGCAACGCAAGCUGAAAGAAGAACAAGAUGGCAAUCUGCUUAUGAAAAAAAUCAGUAAGAUCCCAAAAUAUACAGAUGCUGAUGGGAAAGUUAGAAUCCAAGGCAAUUUACUAUGCAGUUAUUUAAUAAAUGUGAUCUUUAAAAUUCUCUUUGAAGUGGGCUUCAUUGUAGGCCAGUAUUAUCUGUAUGGGUUUGUUCUGGACCCCGUGUUUGUAUGUAACAGGAGCCCUUGCCCCUUCAAAGUCGAAUGUUAUAUGUCCCGGCCGACCGAGAAGACUAUUUUCAUUUUGUUCAUGCUUGUGGUAGCGUGUAUAUCUCUGCUUCUGAAUGUCAUUGAGAUCUUUUACCUCUGUGGACGCAAGAUUAGUUAUGCUGUAAACAAGCAGUAUCAGCAGCAGAUUGGUGGCUUAAAGAUUCCCCUGACUUCUGAGGUGGUUUCUUCUGGUUUUAAAGCACCUCUGGAUUGUGAGACUUUCAGUGAUAAGCAUAGUGUGCUACAGAACAAGACUAAUUUAAAGAUUGAGCAGAAUGAAGACAAGCUGGAGAGUGAGAUGACAAGAAGCAUAAGUGAGGAGGAGUGUAAAAUGAAGAGGGAAGCUGACCCACAACCUCCUUGGUGUGGUGAAGCUCAGAGUACAAAGCACAGCACUGAAGGAAGCAUUCAAAGCAUGAAAGACGACGAAUAUUUAUUGAGUGAAAAGUAGAUCAACUACUGCAUUUCACCAACAAAUACAUUAUGUAAGAAUGAGGUUUUAUAUUUAGCCUAACAAUGUCAAUAAAUGUAUUGAAUAUG